CACAUGCGCAGUGAUGAGUCAAGCGGAGGUAAAAAUAAAAUGGAGGGCAAUAAAGAUGAAGCGCUGAAGUGCCGGCACUUAGCAGAGAAAUACCUCCGAGAAGGACAGACGGAUAAGGCGAUAAAGUUUCUUAAGAAGUCAGAGAGACUUUUCCCUACCAAGCACGUUCAAGAUUUACUAGAUUCCUUAUCAAAAAAUGGUGCAUCUGGGGGUGCAAGGAAUGGAGACCUGCCUGAUGGAGUAAGGCACAGGUCACGGACACACAGCACAGGCAAGGAUAAAGAAGAGGCACCCAAAGAACCUAAGGAGAAGGACUACACUCCAGAGCAACUAAGUGCUGUUAAAAAAAUUCAGAAUUGUAAAGAUUACUAUGAGAUCCUUGGAAUAAGCAGAGAUGCCCCAGAAGAAGACAUCAAAAAGAAAUACAAAAAACUGGCACUACAGUUCCACCCCGACAAAAACAGAGCGCCUGGUGCUACUGAGGCUUUCAAAGCCAUAGGAAAUGCUUUUGCUGUACUAACAGAUGCGCAGAAGAGACAACGAUAUGACAAAUACGGAGACGAAAACCCACAACCUCAGCUGUACCACAAUCACUAUGACUACUCUAGGGGAUUUGAAGCUGAUAUUACUCCUGAAGAAAUUUUCAACAUGUUCUUUGGUGGGCCUGGUGGAGGUCGAGUUUUUGUAAAUAGAAGACACCGUGGUACUCGCCAUAACCAUUUCCACCAGCAUGAUGAGGGACAAGAAGCCAAUCAACAAUUCUACUCAAUUCUACAGUUUCUUCCAAUUCUUCUUCUUGUGUUAAUGUCCUUACUCAGUACAUUCAUGUUACAAGAUCCACCAUAUUCCCUACAUAGAACGUCGGCAUAUCAUAUACAAAGAAAUACUUAUAACUAUCAAAUUACCUACUGGGUCCAGGAGGGUUUUCAAGAAAGUUAUGCAGAUCCGCAAAGUCUUAAGAAAUUAGAGAAAAAAAUAGAGCGAGAUUAUGUGAACAGAUUGCAGACACAAUGCUACAGAGAACGACAAUACCGUCAAGACCUUUACACAAGAGGACACUUCUGGCACGAGCCCUCGCUGAUUGAUAAAGCCAACAAUAUGCACAUGCCGAACUGCGAUGCGUUGGAGAAGAUCAUCGGGGGCUGAGGAAUUCAAAUCUUAAAUCUGACAAGGACGACGCCGGGCCCAAAAAUACGAGUGUAUAUAACCAUGGACAAGAUGAUUGAACUAAGAUACCUGUGUCUUGGAGAAGGGGGUCCGUAGAAAAAAGGAGGAGAAUUUUCCAAAUAUCCUCCCUGCUGUUGCUUUCUAAAGCCGGAAGUAGCAAAAGAAACGGAAGGGCUUACGCGAAAUCUUAUGGAAGCAGAGGCGUGGCCCACAAUAUACAUAGAACGCCCUGCGCAGCAUAAAAAACUGACAACUUUAAACUGCCCCUUUGAACAGCUACAACAAAACGCAACAUGAAAUGUUUAAUUAAGGAUAUAAUAAUAUCUUGGAAAGUUUCUCGGGAUUUUUUUUAUCCCAUCUCGCUAAAUUCCCAUUUGAGAACUUCCUUGCAAGGACACUUCGGAUUUACGAUACGUUUUCUUUCUCCCGAGACAUAUCGUAAAGUCCAGGUUCCACUGUAGUUGGAAAGGUGGUCAUAUAUCGAGCACUGCACAAUUCAAUGCAGUAAUUUACACCAUCAAAGCAUUUACAAAAAAGCCUCAGGUAAAUAUAAUUUUAAAUUUAAUUACGUAAUCCCAGAUAUCUAGGGUAGUUGUUUUAUAUUUCUGUAGAAAUGUACAGUGCAUCAAACGAAGAGAAAUUGAACAUGCUAGGAGAGGCAUUACUCCCGAACAAUCAGAGUCGGCACGGCAGGGGCGCGACGUACGAAUGGGUCAGUACGCAGCUCUUACAAGCUGCAAUUUAAUUGGGCAAAUGAACAAUAUCUGCACCUCGACACAAAGAACGAGAAGACUAGAGACAAAGAACUCCUUUGUAGAACGAAGAUAACAGGAGACAAAGCAGCUGCGUACUUACUCGUACGAAUCGGGCCUUAUGCAGUCUAUUGGGUUUUUUUGUGUCCUUUGCUGGGUUUGUUUCUAUUAUGACAAUUCUAUAAAAAAAAUCAAAAUUGACGUUUCAGAGGUGCAGGUAAUCGUUAAUUAUGCUGAGGUGCUCGCACUAUAAACUCACUCACCCUUUUCCAUUAUUUUACAAAUAAAAAUGUGCUGUCGUUUUCGGGAGGAAAAAACACACUUUUUUCUCGCGCUCACAUUUCCUUAUUUUGUCUUGUUAUCAAUAUCAUAUUUUAGCUAAUUUCAGUCAAAUGUCAAAUUAAUUUGACCAAAAAAUCGCCUAGAAUCUCAGAAUCAGGCAUAUUUAUCUUGGCCAGUUUUCAUAACAAAAUGUAUUCAGGGCGAGUGGGGGGAAUCAUUCUACACAAGUGAAGGGGAGGGUGCAGUAAGUCUUUUGACUACUAGCUGUCAUGAUGAGAAAUUUUUUAGCUGGCUUUAGAGUUUAUAAAGACUAUUCAUCAAAAUCUCAAAUAUUGUAAAUUAUGAAUGAACAAAUAAAAUUCAAGACUUCGCUUUGA